AUGGGUGAUGGUCCCGAGAGCUUUCCUGUGCGAAGCCGCUCCUUGAAGAUUAGCAUCCAGUCCGAGCCUGCUGAUGUUUUCGUGUCGCGCUACACCGACCGCGUGCUGGUGGUGAUCUCCCAGCUGGCCAGCUUUGGGACUGUCCUCUCGACGCAGCGGGAGCAGGUGCUGGGCAGGGGCAGCACCUUCAAGGUGGACACCCUGCUGGGAGACCGAGCCAAUCCCAUGCCGGAGCUGUGCGCGCGGCAGCUGGCGCAGAGCGCGGCCGAUGCCGGGUGUGACCUCCCCCUCCUCAUCUGUCUGGGCCUGCGCCCCUCGGCUGCCACCCUGGCGGGCAUGCGUGAGCUCUUGGACGCUGUCGCCCAGCACAACAUCUGGUAG